AUGGGCAAGUCCGAUCUCCACUUCACCGCCGAACAAGAGCAAGAGUUCUCGUCGCUCGAGAAGGUGCUCAACCAGACUGCUGACGACGCCUCGAGAUGUCUCAAGCUGCUCAAGAAAAACUUAUCUGAGUAUGACAGUCGCCACGGCAACCACUUCAUCAACACCGCCGCUUCGUACAUGCGGAGCGACAUGCGCACCGCCAAGGACACGGCGGACGAGUUGAAGCGUGUAGCACACGAGAUCAACAAGAGCUCACAGCCUUCUAAGACCGAGAUCCACUCUGCACGCAAUGUCAUGGGUGCGACGGCUAAAGCCAUGGAAGUCCUGAGUAUGACAGCACGCAACUACGACCAGAAGAACGGUCGUUCCAAGGGUGUCAAGGGUGCAGUCGACAACGCACUCGGUCUCAACGACAAGGAACAACACGAGAGACAGGGAGGCAUCUUUGGCAAGGAGAAGGAAUCGAAGGGCAACAGUCUGUUCGGCGAGAGUGACAAGGCCAAAGACGACAAGCACACCGGACUUUUUGGAAGUGACAAGGACGACAAGUCUACUGGUCUGUUGGACAAACACAAGGACGCUAAUACCGACUUCUUCAAGAAGAACGAGCAGGACCAUGGCAACAAUGACAGCGACGUCAUCAUCGUCGGUAAGUCCGACCGUCAUCACCACGACGAAAACCGUGGUGGCAUUUUCAGUAAGUCUGACACCGUUGAGGAGCUGGUAAAGUCCACUCUGAACGAUAACUUCAACCUCAGCGCGCUAAGCCACCAGAUCACGACCACAGAGACGUCUUUGACGCAGUCACAGUCGUCACCAUCGCCAGCAUCGCCGUCGCCAGUGUCGCCACCACAGAGUUUCAUGGAGCGCGCGAAGGAGGUGGUACACGACGUGAAAGAUAAGCUCGUUGGAGAUAAGGCAAGUCCGACGAGCGAGAACAACCGCCCACGCGCCCACACGCUGACGCCGUAA